AUGGCGAAAAGUUCGAUCUCUCUCUGCAUGGCGUCGGGGAUUUCUAUUAUAUUCGUUCUGUUGAGUUUUCUGACCAUAUGUCAUGGGGCAGUAAACAGCGCCGCGGUGACUGGUCGCAAGCAGGGCAUUUCGCCCCAUUCUUGGCAAGCGGAAUGGAGGGCAACCGUCCCCUAUGAAAAUGGUGGCCCUCCUGCUAAAACGCAUUUCUCAUAUGGGUCUAAUAUACACAAGCUAGAGGAAAAUUUUACCGGCUACGGGCAUUCGCUGGUUGAAACUGGAAAGGAGAGGACGAAACUUGUUGGACUCCUGGAACACGAACAGAUGCUGGCAUAUUCCCAAAACCUCCAGCAGGCGUUUAAAAAAUACGGCAAAUUUACGAAUUCUCUGGGAUUUCUGCGCUUGCUAUUUGCUCAAAAUCCAUUCCUGAAGUUCGUUACAGUCCGCUACAGCGAACGGGUGAAGAUUGUAAAUGCAAUUGAAAGGGCCGCCACUAGAUGGACUCCCGCGCGGAAAGGCAGGCCAAUAUUCUCCUGGUUAAUGUCGUUGUGGGCAAAUCCCUUGGCAACGCUUUCUAACGUGGUUAGUACUGCUUUCGACGAGACGUUUGAGGGAGUCUUGGGGCUUCCAACUGGAGAGGUCAAGAGUGCUUGCUUUUCCUUUGGCUACCGUAUGAAUAGCAUAGCCCCCUACACCGCCGUACUUCCGGGUGGCAUUUUCGGCUCCGUGCUGAAGUCUCUUUCUCGCUCCUUCAUGCUCGUAUUCUACCCUGCCUAUGCAAGCUUCAGAGGCAUCUUCUCCCUGAUGAUCGGUGUAAUAUGUAAAACUGGAGUGGUCGCUGCUGCCAAGAACCUUUUCAAAGCGUUGGCCAAUGUCACGCGCUUGGGUCUACGCGGCAUUCAAAUUUUGUUCCGCCGGUUUGCCGUCCGUAAUGAUCCCGUGGCGUGGCCGAUUCUGCAGGACCUGCUCCGCAAUGCUUCUCCUGCAAUGAUCACCCUUUUGUUCCAGCUAUACGCUGUCAAUGUUCAGGAUAUUACACAGAAAGGGAAGCGCGUAACUGAAGCCCUUUCUGCUGGUACGGCUUCCUGGAAUUACGCGGACGGUCUUUGGAUAGGGGCUUUUGACUUCGGUCGAGCAUUCAUCAGCACCCUCACGUCGUAUAAACAGGGUGCAGAAGCGUUUGUCGGAUAUUGUGAGGGCAGGGCUAUGGGAAGCCAACCUGGGACCGCAGAAGAACAGGCAAUGAUAGAUUUGAUAUCCGACGAAUCGACGGCGCCGGGGUCCGAUUCAGAUGGAACGAAGAGCUCAUCGGAUAAUGAAUCCGAGGGAGGUCUUUCGGAGGAGCCACUGAAGGAAGAAAUACUGCUUGCGUUUCACGCAAUUGCGCCAGGUGUCAAAGUGUCGCCAGGAGAAACUAAAAGCCGCUUAGACACCUCCUGCCGGAGACACCGCAAGUUUGUACAAUCUUUCCGGAGAGACCCUCUGAAGCACAUCCAGACAGUGGUGGGACAGAUGGUUAAAAUUCUGGAGUACGACUACAAGUUCUUUAAGUCAUACGUCGGAGAGGUGAUGUCAAUCUUCUACGAGACUGCAUAUGUGCUUCUGAAUGCCGACAUAACAAACGUUCUGAGCGAGAAGUUGCCUCUUGAGUCUGCGGGCGAUCAAAUCCAAGCUGCCAUGGCAAACUUCCAACGGUACAGGGAGGCUGCAGCUGAAGCUGGCAAGACAUCCCUUCCCAGGAAGAUGUUUAGAGAGCCUUGGUUCGUCGAGUCUGGGACUUCUUUGGCACAUGGUUUCUUCCAAAGCGGUGCUGGCCUCGCACUGCAUUUUGUUGUGGACGACAUGGGGGACGAAACACUCAGAAAUCGCCGGGACAGCGCAGCGUUUAGCCUUCUUAACAAAGGUGCUCAGAAGUUGCGUAAGGCUGUCAAAUCCCUUUAUGGAAGAUUCCUCGAGGCGAACUUAUUGAUAAGGCGGUUGGAAAGCAAUAAAUCGGUAAAGACUGUGCAAGACUUCAUCUCUAAAUGCAACCCACGACUAGGCGUUCCGGAUCCUGAAGUGUGCGGCAAAGUGGUGACAGCAGAAGUGGAUGCGAAUUUAUUUGUAAAGGAAGCGCUUUACUCACUUUCGGUACCUAUGGCGGUCUCCCCCGAUGACAUAGCUGCUCUUAACGAUUCUGCUGUGGGCGAUGUUUUUGCCCGUUGGCGGGACUUUUCAAAGCUCUCCCGAGACAACCAAGCUGUUGCUGACGGAGCUAGCGAUCGCAAAUCCAUGGGAGCCUUCCUUCAACAUCUCCGCCAGACCAUCGUUGGCCGUGAAAUGAAUUCAAUUGUGUGUAUGUGCACUGUCCAGCUUGUAUUCAUCCGGUUCGACUUUACUGACGAGUUUACCAAGCUUACACUGCAUGACGCCAACGGUCGCAGCAUACAGUUCACGCCGGAUGAUGCUGACGACGUGAGAGGUAAACUGCAAAUAUCUGAGAACACGACUGUCGCAUUUUAUCAGUAUGGCGUGGCUCUAAGCGGACGUCAAGAAGGCAAAUCCACCAAAUUUCGGCCUCCUCCCCUUAAUACCAGUUGCUGGUUCCAUCUCGAAGAAGGUAAUAGGGGCACACUGCAGUUCCCAAUAGUAUCAGAAGGGGUUGCAAUAGAAGGUAUACAGCCAGCGACAGGCGCCGGAGCUCCGGCAGAAGGCAUUCCCGCCCACAAAAUCCCUGGACAUAUCAAGUACAACGAUCCACGGGAAGAACUCGCAUCGAUACAGGAUGAUCCUGCAGCCGUGCGUGACGUGAUUGUGGCUAAGUUUUUCGACGUGUACGGAAGGGCUCCAGCAGAAAUGGAGCAUGUACGUAACUUCGUGUCAUCAUUCGCCGACAUUCUGGACAGCGUGCGUGGUUCAACGAGAUGGAUGGACUUCUUAAACAUUGACACAUUUGCAGCUGAGGCUGAAUUGUACGGCAAAACGGCUGCGAAGUAUUCAUAUGAUAAACUGCUGCAGGAGUUGAGUGUGGAAUAUGCAGAAGCAGGAGAGGGAGAAAGUCUUGCCAAAAUGUACACUGAAAUUCAUCCGGCCUUGGGUGGGCCUAAGCGAUACAUCAAGGAGCGUCAGAGCCUAGUAACUGCAUUGCGCAGUUAUGUUGAGAACAUAAAACACCUGCCCCAAAGCCUUCGAAAGAAAUUGGGAGUUUUUAUCAGGGCUUGCCAUGGAAAGCUCAGGCGUCGACCGAACGUUUUGCACGGCACAACAUUCUUUGCUGCAGUACAGGGAGCAGAAGGACGAGUAUUCCCCAACCCUGAGCUCCGUAGUGGACUCUUUAUCGAAGCUCUAGACCUCCUUGAGUAUGGCCGACUUCAGCUUGCCUUUGAGGAGCUGGCGGUCCUACUUUCUGAUAGUCAUUCCAUGCAGAGCAUCCUGUCCGAACUUCGUUCCGUCCCUGUCCAAACAAUAGAAGCAAGAGACGAAUAUAAGAAACUUAAAUCACGGAUAGAAACUCUACCAAUGAAAACAGUGGAAGCAGCUGCUGGGUGGGCUCUCCGGUACCUGAGCGAGGGAAAAGGAGGCAUGGAGCUUGCGGUUGGCAUGUUGGCUCUUAAGAAUCCAGAGGGAGGGCAAUUAAGCAAAGCUCUCCAACUGUCCUUUGCGGGUGUUGAAGUCCUUACCUUCCUGAACAGCUCCCUCAACGUUGCCCAUGUACUAGAGUUCUUCGAGAGGGCCACGUCAGAGGAUAUGGCUCAUCUUCGAAUAUCACUUGGAGUUUUCAAAGCCUCUGCUCAAACUGAAUCCCGAAGCACUGCAAUGAGUUUGCAAACAAAGUAUUCGGUAGUCCAAAGCAUUUCAAAUACAUUAGAUGCCCUCGAGCUCCUGAAUCUGCCAUUGGAGGGACGGACGAUGUUUGAAUUAUGUGAUGGCCUUCUGAGGAACGCUCCUGAGAUUUUUUUCAAUGGUUCGAUGGUUUCUGUGAAUAUGGACGACCACGUUGUCCUGUGUUAUAUCCUAUCUGAGCUUCUCAAUUUCCAGCAAACUAAAGAAGAUGAGAUAAGCCCCCAAGAUCUUGUGCAGAGCACACGUGUUGACGGGAAACCAGUGGGGUCUUUCCUCGAAGAUCUGGUUAACACCAGCAUUAAAACUGAAGCUCGCUUGACGAUUGCCAAUGCUGUGUCUCCUUUUUUUCGUGGCGUGUUAAUUGCAUUCGUGGGUCAUGAAGUAGGCCACCUCGCAGCGGCCCAGUUUGCAUCCGUGGAUUUGACUACUGGAGUCCUGAGCUUCAUUAUAGCAAAUGUCAUUGAGUUUUCUAAUGCCAAUCCAGCUAACCCUUUGACGCCGGCAGAUGUUUUCAGGAAAACCGCUAGGCUGGCGCUUGGGGCUGAGAAUCCCACUGAGGAAGGCUCUCCUCAAAUUGUUGCUGCAAGUGUCUCAUACCCACCUUGCCUCGGCGACUGGUACACGCUACUUGACCAUGGAAAGCUUGAAGAGCUCACAAAGGAUCCUACGUCUUUGACAGGAGAAGCUCUAGCCGAUGCUAGCGCGUCGAACCGUUUGACCGACCUCGUAGAUGUAUUCUACAUAAUGCGCCAAUCGUCAACCUUGCGGCCACAUGCGAUAAUUGCAAAAGCUCGGGAUAUAUUAAUGGGCAAUGAGAGCUUGCCACUGCUUGACAGGGCUGGGCUCACUGUUUUUGUAUCCGGGUUUCUUAAGCUAGCCGAGAAAGCAAAGGUAGACUGCCUGCAGGAGGCAAUGGACGAUAUAACUGGUUAUUUGCCUCUGACUCGACAGGAGCAGUAUCUCUACAAAUGUGACUGUUUCUAUAAAAAAUUAGCUGAUGGCGCAGCAGCACCAGAGGCAGCUAAAAAUAUAUCAAAGGAGUUACUAAAGGAAGCCUUCAACGCAAUAGAAACAGCACAUGCUGCAAAAGCGGGGGAGCUCUACAACUUGAUUUUGAGCAGCCCUAACGAAUUACCAAGAGCUUUGGAGAGAGGGCUUGAAUACCUUCUUUAUACGCCCGUGUUGUCAUUUGGACAACGGGUAGCUGAGGAAGUCGUGUUGGCCAUUGCCCAGCACAGCGAUUGGGAUUCUUUGAAUGAUCGGCUGCAACUAUUGAAAGAAGUAAAAUGGUCAUUAACCGAGCGUAGUCCACUUCGCAAGAGAAGCCUGAACAAAGACACCCGACCCAAAUUUUUCAAUCCUAUCCUAAUCGCUGCUGAUAUGCUGGCAUUCAUUCAAUCUGGAAUCUUCGAGAGGCGGAGGUUUCCUAAACCACUUGUCCUCAAGCGUAUUGCCGCUACCUCAAAGAUUAUCGUGCGGCGGAUUCGUCCAACUACUGAAGGACAGGAGAGGGCAAUCCGAGUGGCAACUGCCAACAAACUCCGCGAAGAGCUUGGCGGCCUUGCACCGCCUCAAGAAAUCAGCAGCCCUGUUUCUGCUGAAGAACCAAGUGGUGCCCCCGAGCCCAUUCUACCUUCAGAAUAA